AUGGUACUAUUAGCCUCCUCCUCCCGCUCCUUCACCCGCCCGCUCGGCCCCGUGGCCUCGCGCCUCCGGGGCUUCCACAGCAGCACCAGCGCCGCGCGCCCCUCGCUCUCGGCCGCCGCCCAGACCGCCCUGCGCAGCCAGACCGCCACAGCCCGCGCGCCCCGGCACUUCCUCGGCAGCGCCCUGAGUAAGACGUCGGUCAGGAUGCUGACAACCAAACGCGAAAAGGUCAAAGUACUGCUGGUUCUGUACGACGGUGGACAGCAUGCUAAGGACGUGCCCGAGCUUCUCGGAACGACGGAGAACGAGCUUGGAAUCCGCAAGUGGCUGGAGGACCAGGGCCACACCCUGGUCACCACCUCGGACAAGGAGGGCGAGAACUCCAAGUUUGACAAGGAGCUCGUCGACGCCGAGGUCAUCAUCACCACCCCCUUCCACCCCGGCUACCUGACAGCCGAGAGGCUCGCCAAGGCCAAGAACCUGAAGCUCGCCAUCACGGCCGGCAUCGGCUCCGACCAUGUGGACCUCAACGCGGCCAACAAGACCAACGGCGGCAUCACCGUGGCCGAGGUGACGGGCUCCAACGUGGUGUCGGUGGCCGAGCACGUCGUCAUGACCAUCCUGGUGCUGGUGCGCAACUUUGUGCCCGCGCACGAGCAGAUCCAGGCCGGCGAGUGGGACGUGGCGGCCGCGGCCAAGAACGAGUUCGACCUCGAGGGCAAGGUCGUCGGCACCGUCGCCGUCGGCCGCAUCGGCGAGCGCGUGCUGCGCCGCCUCAAGCCCUUUGACUGCAAGGAGCUGCUCUACUACGACUACCAGCCCCUGUCGCCCGAGAAGGAGAAGGAGAUUGGGUGCCGCCGCGUCGACAGCCUCGAGGAGAUGCUAGGCCAGUGCGACGUCGUCACCAUCAACUGUCCGCUGCACGAGAAGACGCGCGGUCUGUUUAACAAGGACCUGAUUGCCAAGAUGAAGCCCGGCUCGUGGCUCGUCAACACCGCCCGUGGCGCCAUCGUCGUCAAGGAGGACGUUGCUGCCGCCCUCGAGACCGGCCACCUCCGCGGAUACGGCGGCGACGUCUGGUUCCCGCAGCCCGCGCCCGCCGACCACGUCCUGCGCACGGCCAAGAACCAGUACGGCGGCGGCAACGCCAUGGUGCCUCACAUGUCGGGCACCUCGCUCGACGCCCAGAAGCGCUACGCCGACGGCACCAAGGCCAUCCUGCAGAGCUACCUGAGCGGCAAGCACGACUACCGCCCCGAGGACCUCAUCGUCCAGGGCGGCGACUACGCCACCAAGGCCUACGGCCAGCGCGACAAGAUCAAGGCGUAA